AACAUUGGCCAAAGAGUGGGUCAGACAACAUUUUAGAUAUAAUAUUGAUUUGACAGCGUUAUCAAACGUUAUCAGAGAUUUUUGAAUUUUUCGCAAACAUUCGUCCUAGUUUGCUAUUUUUAACGUUGUGACUGAUACGAGUUUUAGUAAAAGUGUAUGUUUUCUUAAAUCAAAGUGUAUAAAACACGGAAUACUAUAAAACGAUAUAUUUAGAUAUUAUAUAAACAUUUAAUUUUCAAUUGAAAAAAAAGGAUUUGAGAGUAUGAGAUGUGGGUGAUUGUGUAAAACAAAUAUAUGUCAAAAGAUACCAACAAGAUUUGCACCUACCCGCGGACAACUAUAAUGCUGACCUAUGUGUAAUAUGUACCAAGUUAUCAUCUGUUCAGUUGCGCUUAUCCUGGCAAACCAUGUGACCGGGCAACAAGUUAUUGGGCUAGGAUGUCCUUUGGGAUGGGAGUCACAUGGCGAGAGCUGUUACCAGUUUGCAUUCGACCAAAGAAAGACAUACGAUGACGCCGCAUCUAUGUGCUGGGGUCAAGGCAGUGCAUUGGUUAGUGUGGAUGAUUUGGGCGAACACAAUUUCCUAACACAGUAUCUUGAUCGUCAUGGAAGUCGAAGUCUCUCAGACUGGUACACAAGUGGACAAUUGAUCGAGCAUAUAGUGAAGUGGAACGGAGAUGGGGCUUAUUCAAAUUACACAUUCUCUAGCGACACUUACUGGAUUCUCGAACCUAUUAAUACACACUAUAGAGAAGAUAGGGUCAUUUACAAAUUCUCAUCUGCAAUCCGACAGUACAGGUGGAGUAGAACUACUGGUUCCGACCUGCUCAACUAUAUCUGUGAAAUCCCUAAAAAGGAGGUAUCUAGACUUGUACAGCAAGAUAGAGAUUUCGGGUUUGGUGUACCUGGCGUUGAUUCCGCUCAUAUUCCAAAAGGUCCAAGUUUUCUCAGAGACAUAGAAAAUGUUGUUGUUGUUGGAAACGACAUGUCUUUAGUCGUAGACUGUGUUUCGACUGGUUAUCCUCAACCAGAAAUGUACUGGUUUGUGAAAAAUGCACAGUCUUCCGAAUUCAAAAUGAUAUCCUCCCAAACAAAUAAAAGAUACACGUUUGCCAAUGGCCGUAUGACUAUAUCCAGACCUUCAGAGCUUGAAGAUGCUGGCGUGUAUCAGUGUAAAGCAGAGAACAAUCAGGGCUCCAUAGUUUCAGCACCAAUUUUGAUAUCAUUUGGUUAUCUAAAUCAAUUCAGUCCUAACCAGCAAGGUUUUGUCCAAGGAAGAAUGAGUCAAGGGACUUUCAUCAGCUGUAAAGCACCAAAUUCUAAACCAGCUUUGUCGUAUACUUGGUACAAAGACAAUAUACGCAGCUUCAUUCGGCCGGAAUUGAACAAAUACUACUUCAUAUCCGCCAAUGGGAACCUCUACCUCUCAGAAGUCCAGGAACCAGAUGCAGGAGAUUAUUAUUGUGUUGUUACUCUGGUUCCCCGCGUAGGAGAAAGACUAUCCACGACACAGCCGCCGAGUCGUACCAGCAGACCUAUAGAAUUACGGGUUGCUAGCAAUAACCCACUGGAAUACGGACCAAUAAUACACCCUGAUUUUAUCGCCGUGUAUCCAAAGCCACCGUUGGUUGGCCAUGAAGUCAGAAUGGAAUGUUUUGCUUAUGGAAGACUGCCAUUACGCUACAGUUGGUCACGUGAGGGACAGAGUUUCCCGCCUGGCACGAGAUUCAUGUAUGACAACCGUGUAAUGAUAAUACCUAAGGCGCAAUUCGCAGAUAGUGGCAAUUACACGUGCAAAGUUGUAAAAAUGUCGGGAAAGACUAAUAUUGACACCAAGUCUAUUAUUCUAAAUUUAGAAGCCGAGCCUUAUUUCGUGUUUCCGUUGCGCAACAUACACGCAGACGUUGAAAGUGAGCUGACAUGGCGGUGUGAGGCGCGUGCUGUACCACGUGCAACGUACACGUGGUAUAAAAAUUCGAAAAUGCUCACGAGAACUCCGGGCGAAAUAGAAAUAAAGGAAAAUGUACUGGUAAUUAAGAGUCUUGACAAGUCACGCGAUGAGGGAAUGUAUCAAUGUCAAGCAACAAAUGCUCAUGGAACAUCGAUGUCGUCUGCUCAGCUUAGAGUGAUUUCGAUAAAACCAAGCUUUGCCAGGUACCCGCUUCCCGCGACGUCUGUUGCAUCCGAGGGCGGAAAUCUUACAAUUCGUUGUCAGCCGGAAGCUGCACCUCAGCCGAUAAUCACAUGGUUACAUAACGGACAGGCCAUUGGUUAUGGAGAUACAAGACGAGAAAUUCUAUUGGACGGAACACUGCACGUGACGCAAGUUACGUCAGCAGACCAGGGCAUAUAUACAUGCAAAGCAACGAAUUUAAACGGAGAAGACCAGUCUAGCACACAAGUCUCCGUAAUGGCCGGUAUCCACUUCCAGACGGCACCAAUUGACCAAUCAGUGCAGGUCAACAAGACGACGUUCCUAUAUUGUGACGCAAGUUACGACACCAGGCGAUAUGACCUAACGUACACCUGGAAAUUUAAUGGAAGGCCAAUAAGCACUGUUAAUGAUCCUUUUUACAGAGAUGGUCGACGGGAGAACAUUAAUGGACUGUAUAUUGUUAACGCCCAGUACCGUCACACUGGUGUGUACGAGUGUGUAGCCGAAACUGUUACCCUGUCCGUCUCGAAGAAAGCAUUUGUCACUGUUAAAGGUCCACCAUCAGAGCCUGCAGGGGUGUAUGUUGAGCAUGGAGCUGGAGACAACCAAACAGUACGGUUAAUAUGGACUUGGAACCCAAGUGCUGACCAUGGUUAUCCGGUACUGUUCUUCGAAAUUGAUGCAAUAACAGAGUUUGAAAAUGAAUGGACAGUUUUAGCCACGGAUAUACCUCAGUAUAUGACAGUAAUCCAAGGGACCGAUAUGAAGAAUUACUUUGAGCUUAAGAACCUUCUGCCGUACAACUCCUACAGGUUUAAAGUUCGAGCAAAGAAUGAACAAGGCGUUGGUCCUGCUAGUAGGGAGUCCAACGUAUAUCAUGUGCCGGCGGCCCCGCCAAGAAAAGCACCUGUUGUAACAAAUAAAGGAGGUGGGUCAGUUGGACUUCUUAAAAUAGAAUGGACGCCCCUUUCUCGUUCAGAAGAAGGUGGAAAAGUGUUUGGCUACCGAGUUUUCUGGCGGUUGGCAAGCGAAACAAAAAAGGCCUUUCAUGAGGUCGAAGUAGGUAAUGUAACGCAGUAUUAUCAUACUGUUGGUUUGGAGAAUUACUACCUGCUUUACACAGUGAAAGUGCAAGCAUACAACAAGGAAGGUAACGGGCCAAUGUCAGACUACGCUGACGUGUAUUCAGCCGAGGGAAUGCCGACGAUACGACCAUCAAACGUGCGUUACAACCCUAUAAAUGGGACAGCUCUAACAAUCUACUGGGACCCUGUGCCAAACACAAGAGUGGGUAUAAAGGGUCGAGUACGUGGAUAUAGAAUUGAUUACAUUGAUAAAAACAAUGAAACUGGAUGUCAGCGUUGCUCAACGUUUGUAUACGGGCAAACGGACCACGGAACUAUAAUUGGUCUUGAACCUAAUGGGGACUAUUGGGUGAGAGUUACAGUUUUCAAUUCUGCCGGAAUUAGCACCAUUAGUGAAAGAUAUCUGUGCAGCACAUAUGAAGCACCUCCGGGUCGGUUUCCACAAUUUGUGGACGUUUAUCCUCAUGGUGAACACAGUGCACUUGUACGAUGGCGAGGUGUAAACAUAAUACAAGGGGAGGCCACUCUCAAUGGAUAUAAGCUGAUGUACUGGUCCGUGGGUGAUGAUAUAAGAACUGCCAAUUUUACUCUUGUGGACAAAGUCAAUGAAGGGGUCAUAUAUGGUCUGCAAAUAGAUGUUAUAUAUAAAUUAAGAGUGAUGGCCACAAACCGAGGCGGUGAUGGAAAGAAAAGUCCUACAGUGUAUUUUACUAUUCUAAAAGGUGGUGCCAUCAACAUUAAUCGAGCCAAUUUUGAUCCAACUACGUCAGCCAUUUUAAUUGCAUCAGCGACCAAUGUUUUCUACAGUUACAUAACAAUGUUUCUCACGUUUGCUUCGUUUCUAUUUUUAAAUUAAGUGAAAAGGGUCCCUUAUUUGAAAACUGACUCGUGUCAUAAAAACGCGUAACACGUGCAAUGAAGAAGUAACUUCGAUUAUUUGUGUACUGUGUUUUACAUGCUACAACAUUGUGUGUUUCUUUCAUGGUGUGUUCUCUCGUCAUAUUUAAGAAAGCCUGAUUAUUUCCUAGUCUCAGUAUCAUUCAUCUUUUUUUUUUCAUUAUUCGUACAUUUUCAAGAGAGUUUAGUGGUAUUUAGAGCGGAGCUUCGAUUAAUCGUAGUGAAGUUAAAAAAUGUGAGGAUGUUUUAUUGUACCCCACGAACAAUAAAGUUGUAAGCGGGUAUACUGGUUUCAGGUUGUCCGUCUGCCCGUCCGUUUGUCUGUAGACACAAUCUUGUGCGCACCAUCUCUUCUCAUCCCCUUAACACAAUUUAAUGAAACUUCACACAUGUCAUCAGUAACAACAGUAGUUGUGCAUAGUGCAUGUUAGGUUCUUAGAAAAAAUAUUUGCAAAGUUACGGGACUUUUUUGUUCCUAUACUAUAUACAAAGAGUCUGCAUACGCAAUCUUGUGCGUGAUAAAUCUCCUGAACCCAUGCGCACAAUUUAAUGAAACUUCACACACAAGUGAUGAGUAGUACUUAACUCUAGUUGUGCAUGGUGCAUGUUAGGUUCUUUCAGAAAAAAAAAUCUGCACAGUUAUGGGAAUUUGUUUUUUGUUAAUAUACUAUAUAAGUAUACAGUCUGCAUAUACAAUCUUGUGCACACCUAAUCUCCUGAACCCUUGCAUACAACUGAAUGAAACUUCAAACAAAUGAUCAGUGCCGACUAUAGUUGUGCAUGGUGCAUGUUACGUUCUUUUAGAUACAUAUUCUGCAGAGUAAUGGGACUUUUUUUGUUAGUAUACAACAUACAGCAAUAUUGAGCGCGCCUAUAAUCUCCCGAAACGCUGCACAUAAUUUAAUGAAACUUCACACAUGUGAUCAGUAGCGACCAUACUUGUGCAUGGCGCAUGUUAAUUAUGUUCUUUCAGAAAAAUAUUCUGCAGAGUUAUGGGACUUUGAUUUUUGUUACAGUACUAUAUACAUAGAGUCUAUAUACAUAGAGUCCACAUAAUUAUGCAAUAUUGUGGGCGUCAAAAAUGUUCAGUGUCAGUGCGUGCGAGGAGGGUGGGGGGGGGGGGGACAUUGAUCACCUUCAGUGAUAGCUCUAGUUUAGCAUUACUGCCAGCCUUGUUUCAAAUGAUUUUGAAAUAAUUCAUAACAACCGCUGACCCCUUAACUUGCACAUUUUAAUUGUAACGGAUUUACUUUUGUAACAAUUACUUUGCUCUUCCUAUGGCUAUAUGCUCAUCAAUUUGUCACCUUAACCCUUAAUAUGCUGGACACGAUUGAUUAUGCCAUUGCGACCAGUACAGAUCAUGAUCAGCCUGAACAUCCAUGCAUCUGAUCAUGGUCUGCACUGUUCGCCAUUCAGUUAGUCUCUUUUUUGUAAGUACCCCUUUUUAAAAAACAGUUAAUGGUACUGUCCAGAUUGAAAGAUGGACAAGUUCAUUAUAGAAAUUGAGCAGGAUAAGGGCUGAGGUUAGUCCGAAAACUUGAUGAGUUACAUCACCGAAAGAGCCGCACCAUGAGAAAACCAACGUAGUGCGGUCUGGUCCGGAUCCAUGCUGUUCGCUUUCAAAGCCUAUUGCAAUUAGAGAAACCUUUAGUGAAUAGCGGAUACGCAGGCUGGUCUGGACCCAUGCUGGUUGCAAACGCACUAUGUUUUCUCAUGCCGAUGGUGCGGCUCAAAAUACUGAAUUCUCAUGAAAUGUCUGUCUACAUUAAGAUUAAUCCUGUCAUCUUUUUUAUAUGUAUGUGUUCAUAAGUAUCAUUACAUUUGACAUAAUUUGAACACAUUACUGUGUUUAUACAUCCGUUUUCAGUUAGGUAAUCAGUGUAAUAUGCAAAACUUGCUUAUAUGAUUGUGUAUACAAUACAAUUUCUUACUUUUUACAA